GAUCCUCAAGAAUGAAGACAACUCCUCUGUCUCCAACUUUGCCUGUUGAAAAUUUGGGUUGUUUAUAUAAAUGUACAUGUUUUCUGCUUUGUGUCUAUGUUUCCUAUAGUAAAAACCCACUCAGAAUGUCAGGAAAAAGUACAGAUAGUAAAUUUUUCACUUGUAUACUAACAAAAUUUUUAUCUUAGAAUGCAUUUUGGCCCUUAUAUUCUUAUUUGAACUUUCUCCAAGGAUGUCAAAGAAGUUAAGAAUGCAUUAAGAACCAAGUUAUUGUAGUAAGCCUCAUUUCUCUGCACAAAUUUUAACUCUCACAUGAGCCAACCACACCUGUUCUGUUUCCUCUUAAUUCACAGGCAAAAACUGAGAACAAGACAUCCCAUGAUAUGGACAUCUCCCUGAAUACAACCAAUAGCUCAGGAUUUCAAGUGUCUGAGUUCAUCCUGAUGGGGCUCCCAGGCAUUCAUGAGUGGCAGCACUGGCUCUCUUUGCCUCUGGCUCUGCUUUAUUUCUUCGCUCUUAGUGCCAAUCUCCUUGUCUUAAUCACUGUCUAUCAUGAGCCAACCCUGCACCAGCCCAUGUAUCAGUUCCUUGGUAUCCUGGCUGUAGUGGACAUUGGACUGGCUACCACCAGUAUGCCCAAGAUCUUAGCCAUUUUCUGGUUUGAUGCCAAGACCAUUAGCCUCCCUGAGUGUUUUGCACAGAUCCAUGCCAUCAACACUUUGAUGUGCAUGGAGUCAGGCAUCUUCAUCAGUAUGGCAGUGGAUAGAUAUGUAGCUAUUUGUUACCCCCUUCAAUAUCCCUCUAUAGUCACUGAAGCUUUUGUGAUCAAAGCCACAAUAUUUAUGGUGCUCAGGAAUAGCUUGUUGACCAUUCCAGUGCCUAUACUGGCUGCCCAGAGACACUACUGCUCCAGGAAUGAGAUUGACCACUGCCUGUGCUCCAACUUGGGAGUCAUCAGUCUAGCUUGUGAUGACAUCACCAUUAACAGAUUUUAUCAGUUGGCCUUGGCCUGGAUUGUGAUUGGGAGUGACAUGGGUCUGGUAUUUGCUUCCUAUGCUAUUCACUCAGUGCUGAGGCUGAGCUCUGCAGAAGCAACAGCUAAGGCCCUGAGCACCUGCAGUUCCCACCUCAUCCUCAUUCUCUUUUUCUACACAGCUAUUGUUGUGGUAUCCACGACUCACCUUGCAGGAAGAAGAGUUCCUCUCAUACCUGUUCUUCUCAACAUGCUGCAUAUUGUCAUCCCUCCGGCUCUUAACCCCCUGGUAUAUGCACUUAGGUCACAGGAGCUGAGAGUGGGCUUCCAGAAGUUGCUUGGUUUGGAUGAACUUGUAUUCAGGAAGUGA